UAGCCCACGACACUACACUCAAGUAUACACAGCACAGUAUACGUACCGAGGCUAGUACUACACAAGCCAAGUCAAAAUUACUACCUUUCUCCCAGACGCGACUAGUAAUUUCACCGCCGGCAAGUGAAGGAAUGUAUCGACCUCGAGGCGUCAAGUACGCGGGAGAAAAGUAGCUUGAUGAGUGUCCAAAGUAGUGGAAGUUUGGAGGGGCCGCCAUCUUGGUCCCAGCUCUCCACGUCCUCAACCGGACGGUGUUUUCAGCAACAUACCACGGCGCUGCUGAAGGCCCUUGAAGGCGCCAUGGAGGAGCUGCACAGCCUGGACCCCCGCAGACAGGAGCUGCUGGAGGCUCGUUUUAUGGGCGGGGUCGGCGGCAGCACCGGUGGCAGCACCGGUAGCACAAGCGGAGGAACUAAAGGUUUGACCAAUAAUGAAUGUUCGAACCACAGUUUUGGAAGUUUGGGAUCUUCAAGCGAUAAAGAGUCGGAGGGUUCAGACGUGAAGCGAGGCGGCUCACCAGCCUACUCGACUCCAGAGAAGAAGCAGUCCGAAACACCCCGAGGCAGAAAAAGGAAGCCUGACAUUCACUCUGAGAGUAGCCAAGGAAAAACGACUGUGCGCGGCCCCAAGAUAAGUGACUAUUUUGAUUUCCAGGGAGGGAAUGGGUCCAGCCCGGUGAGAGGCCUGCCGCCAGUGAUUCGUUCCCCUCAGAAUUCUCAUUCGCACUCCGCUCAGGGCACCGCUUUGCAGGGUAGACAAAACAGUUCCUCUCCCACCAGUCUGUCCUUUGGUGACCACAUGACACAUCCAAAACAACUCGCGGUUAAAUUUGUUCAGACUGACCUCACGGUAUUGAAGCUGGCCGCCCUCGAAAGCACGAAGAAUCUCGACCUUGAGAAGAAGGAAGGGAGAAUAGACGAUUUGUUACGGGCCAACUGCGAUCUCAGGAGACAGAUAGACGAGCAACAAAAAUUACUUGAAAAAUACAAGGAACGCUUGAAUAAAUGCAUCACUAUGAGCAAGAAACUACUCGUCGAAAAGAGCAACCAAGAGAAGCAGGCCUGUCGGGAGAAAAGCAUGCAGGACCGACUCCGAUUGGGCCAUUUCACCACAGUGAGACACGGCGCGUCGUUCACUGAACAGUGGACGGACGGCUACGCUUUCCAGAACCUCGUCAAACAGCAGGAGUCGAUCAAUCAACAAAGGGAGGACAUCGAGAGGCAGAGAAAACUACUGGCCAAGAGGAAACCGCCUUCGUCCAACAACUCUCAAGCGCCCGCGACAAACUCUGAGCCAAAGCAACGCAAAACCAAGGCGGUGAAUGGGGCAGAAAGCGAUCCUUUCCUGAAACCGAGCCUACCUCAGCUACUGACGCUAGCUGAGUACCACGAACAGGAGGAGAUCUUCAAACUGCGACUCGGACACCUCAAGAAGGAAGAAGCCGAGAUCCAGGCGGAGUUGGAACGUCUGGAGAGGGUCCGCAACCUUCACAUUCGGGAGCUGAAGAGAUUAAAUAACGAAGACAGCUCACAAUUUAAAGAUCACCCUACGUUGAAUGAACGAUACCUGCUCUUGCACCUUCUCGGGAGAGGCGGAUUUAGUGAAGUUUACAAGGCUUUUGAUUUGAUUGAGCAACGGUAUGCCGCUGUAAAAAUCCACCAACUCAACAAAAACUGGAGGGACGAGAAAAAGGAGAACUACCAUAAGCACGCGUGUCGAGAGUACAGAAUACACAAGGAGCUGGACCAUCCCAGAAUCGUGAAACUUUAUGACUACUUCUCACUGGACACAGACACGUUUUGCACUGUUAUGGAGUACUGCGACGGCAACGACUUGGAUUUCUACUUGAAGCAGCACAAGCUCAUGUCGGAGAAGGAGGCUCGCUCCAUAGUCAUGCAGAUUGUGAACGCGCUGAAAUAUCUGAAUGACAUUAAACCCCCCAUCAUCCAUUAUGACCUCAAGCCAGGUAACAUCUUGUUAGUGGACGGCACAGCCUGCGGCGAAAUUAAAAUCACUGACUUUGGUUUGUCUAAAAUCAUGGACGAUGACAACUACGGCGUGGACGGCAUGGACCUGACGUCACAGGGGGCUGGGACAUAUUGGUACUUGCCUCCGGAAUGUUUUGUGGUUGGAAAAGAGCCUCCAAAGAUCUCCAACAAGGUGGAUGUGUGGUCUGUUGGUGUCAUCUUUUUCCAGUGUCUGUACGGAAGGAAGCCGUUUGGCCACAAUCAGUCGCAACAGGACAUCCUCCAGGAGAACACGAUCCUCAAAGCUACCGACGUCCAAUUCCCAGUGAAGCCCGUUUCCAGCCAUGAAGCUAAGGCCUUUAUAAGGCGCUGCCUGGCGUACAGGAAGGAGGACCGCAUCGGCGUUCACCAGAUGGGAAGUGACCCCUACCUGCUCCCCCACAUACGGAGGUCCAGCUCCUCGGGGAAUCUCCAGAUGAAUGCAGCUGGCUCAGGGCCGGCCCCCUCCAGCAUCAUCUCAUACUGACGGCCUGAUACUGUGAUGCAGCCUGACCAAGCGCACGGCAAGCCUCCCUGAGGCCAACGGCCAGCAAGCGGGGGGGGGGGUCACUACAUCUCACCGUCCUGGCCUCCUCUGACUUGAUCGACAGAUGCACGGGGACAGUCGAGGAAUGUUUGGUUUUUGGGUUGUUGUUUUUUUUUUUUUUUUUGAGGGGGCGGUGAGUAAAGGACAUGGGCUAGUCAGCCACUUUGAGGAGAUGACAAAAGCACUGAAACGGACUCCGUACCUUGAAGAAAAUGUGAGUGGACACUGUUGAAAUGUUGCAAGUGGAUAGCGCCCGAGGAAGUCGAGGCCCCACCCCUGCUGUGAGGGUUAAAUGUCACGGCGGUGGCUGGAUAAAUGUAUGAGCUGCUCAAAAUGACUUGACGAAGGACAGCCACCAAGUAGAAUUGCUGUUGAUUUGGUUUCAUAUUCCGUUCCCGUACGUUAGGCUUGAAUUUGAGUUUGUUAGCCUUGAGAAAGUAACCUGUAGCGUACAAAAAGGGGGGCAUCUCCUGUCACAUAGGCCAGGGAAGCUUUUCAGUACUUCCGUUUUCAUGCACAAAGUAACCAAAUGUAGAAUUGUGGCAUAAAAUCCUAUGCAGGAACAUUAAUACAGAUAACUUUGGCAAACGUAUAUUCUGUACAGUUUGUCUUUGGAUUUCGAAAUGCAGCAGCAAUAUGUACGAAGCGUGAAAAUGUCCACUCGGAAUGGCCUUUUUGGGUGGAUUCAUUUUGCUGCUUUUGUUGCUCUUAUUUUUUUUAAGGGCAGUAUAUUUCACUUCGGGUACAAAUUGUAUAGUUCCACUAAGAGUGAAUAAUAAAUGAGACAAAUUGUCCCUCCCCUGC